GCUGAUCAUGCCUAGAAAGGGAAAUGGACAGCUUCCGUUACCCGACGGUUGGGAAGAGGCGAGGGAUUACGAUGGCAAAGUGUUUUAUAUCGACCAUAACACUAAACAAACCAGCUGGAUUGACCCAAGGGACAGGCUGACGAAGCCCCUGUCGUUUGCGGACUGCGUAGGGGACGAGCUCCCAUGGGGCUGGGAAGCUGCCUACGACCCCCAGAUUGGGAUCUACUACGUCGACCACAUCAACAAGACCACCCAGCUGGAGGACCCCCGCAAAGAAUGGCGCAAAGAGCAGGAGCGCAUGCUGAAAGACUACCUGGCGGUGGCCCAGGACGCACUGCAGGCCCAGAAGGAGCUGUACCAGGUCAAGGAGCAGAGGCUGGCUCUGGCCCUGGAUCAGUACGUGCGCCUCAAUGAUGCCUACAAGGAGAAGUCCAGCUCCCGCACCAGCCUGUUCUCCGGCUCCUCCUCGAGCACCAAGUACGACCCGGACAUCUUAAAAGCAGAAAUAUCAACCACGAAAGUGCGAGUGAGCAACCUGAAGCGCGAGCUCUCGCAGAUGAAGCAGGACCUCUUCUACAAGGAGCAGGGCUUCGAAACCCUGCAGCAAAUUGACCAAAAAAUGUGCGGUGGCCAGAGUGGUUACCGUCUGAAGGAGGCCAAGGCCAUCGUGAGCGAGCUGAAGUCCAUCCGGCGAGCCAUCAGCACGGGAGAGAAGGAGCGGCUGGACCUCAUGCAGUGUCUGGCCAAGCUGAAAGGUCGCUUCCACCCGGACCAGAGCGUCGGCCUCUCAGAACCAGACCUGCGGCACCCGCCCACCUCCCAAAUACUGUUCCGACGCACCCUGGACGUGGGGUCCCAGACGGACGUCUCUGGAGAGGCUGGGAUGUGCGGUGGCUCCACUCUGGCUGAAAAGGUGCGACUCAGUCUACAGUAUGAAGAAGCCAAGAGAAGCAUGGCCAACGUGAAGAUCGAGCUCGCCAAACUGGAUGGGGAGGCGUGGCCGGGUGAGCUGGACGCAGAGCGUGAGCGCCUCCUGCUGCUCAACGAGAAGGAGGAGCUGCUGAAGGAGCUGCAGUUCGUCACGCCGCGCAGGCGCUCGGCCGGCGACCUGCGGCGCCUGGAGGCCGAGAGACUCCGCCUGGAGGAGGAGCUCCUGUCAGCCCGAACCAGCCCCAGCCAGGCUCUGGCCCAGAGGCUGAAGGUGCAGGAGAGGCGGCGGGUCUUGGUGCAGAAGCUGGAGGAAUCGACCCGGCUGGCCACGGUGCUGCAGUCUCAGCUGAAAAGCCUUUCUGCCAGCACUCUGUCUGUGUCGUCGGGCAGCAGCCUGGGCUCACUGGCCUCUAGCCGUGGCUCCCUGAACGCGUCCAGCCGCGGCUCGCUGAACUCGCUGAGCUCGGCCGAGCUCUACUACAGCCCUGCGGAGCCUCCUCUGGACCUCGAGCUGCUGCUGCAGGAGCGCGGCGGCUCCUACGCGCCGCCCGGCGCCAUCACCACCAUCCACGAGCACGAGGUGGUCCGGGGCAGCCGCGACGGCCCCGCCCCUGACCAGCCGCCCAAGUCUUUGGCCUCGCUGUCCUCGCGCUCCUCGCUGUCCUCGCUGUCGCCCCCUGGGUCACCCCUGGUGCUAGAUGCUGUCUUCUCGUCAGCGCGGGACCUGCCCAUCGACUUUGGGGAGUGUGAGGCCAUGGCGGCUGGCAGCGAAUUCGCUGGCCUGAGUUUCUACGAGAGCCAGCCGCUGCGGGAGGUCGAGAGUGCGGACAGGGAGUCGGGGGAUGCUCCGCGGCGGGGGACGCUGGCAGCUCUCCAGGAGGGAAUGGCAGGCAUGGAUCUGCAGAACCCCCUGCUGCAGGAGCAGCCAGCCUGCGUGUCGGCUGCCAUCUCUGAUGAGUCUGUGGCAGGUGACAGUGGCGUUUACGAGGCGUCGGUCAAACGGUCCAAUGAGCUGGAAGACCCGGCCUACACUGAGGAUGAACCCACCCCCCUGGAGGCAGUGCAACUCCAACUCGGGCUGAAGUAUGACGCGGCAAACUCCGGGUUGGUCAUCGUCGUCAUUCAGCUACAGUGUCAGGGCGCCGUGCCGGUUCCUCCGUGCACACGGAUGUAUCUGCGGCUCGUCCUGCUCCCCUCCUCCAGCGACACCAGCUGCCUGUUCCGCACUCGGGUGCUGAGCCUGGCGGAGGGCAUGGCCUUCAGUGACAUCUUCCGGGCAACUGGCACCUGGGAUGCGCUUUGGUGUAAGACUCUGCGGGUGGACCUGUGCCGCGUGGGCCAGUCACGGCAGGAGGAGUGCCUGGCGGGGGCGCUCGUCAGCUUAUCAGACCUGCAGCUCUCCGGGGACCUGUCCACUCAGUGGUACGAGUUGCAUGCCCACAGAAGGAGCAAGGAGCUACGCGAGGACAGGCCUGUCCCCCGUGAUGGGGGGCAGCACACCUGUGGGGGUGCCGUGGACCUGGAUGCGGUGUCGGCCCUCCUGCAGAGGACCUCCACAGAGCUGCAGGCAGUGGAGCAGGAGCUGGCCCUGGAGGAGAGGGAGAGCCAGCUGGGUGUGGGGGAGAAAUGGUUGGAGCUGCUGGGAGAAAAGGGGGAGGUAGAGGUUGAAGGAGAGGAGGAACAGGAGGAGGCGGAGGAAGCUCUAUUGGGAGAUGCCUGCAGCGACCAACACUAUAAGGAGGAAGAUGAGGUUGUGGAGAGAGAAGCAGAAGUGAGCCAGGAGAGCAACCCCCCAGGUGCUGGAGGACCAACACUGGUGGACAAGGAAACAAACACGGAGGAGGCAGGGGCAGCGGUGCGGCCCAAGGAGCGCGGGGGGGCUGGGCCCAGGCCGAGGGCCUUUGCACGGAACAGCUCAGUAAUGCGCUCCCACACCUUCUCCCCUGGGGAGCGCAACCAGUACAUCUGCAGGUUGAGCCGCAGUGACAGCGACAGUUCCACGUUGACCCGGAAGUCUCCUUUCAUCCGGAAUGCUUCAGAGAGACGGAGCCUGAGAGUCAAGCAGACCAUCCGACAGCCCACGCUGCGAGGGCCAGUGGCGGACCGCCCAACACGGACCUCUCUGGACCUGGAGCUGGACCUCCAGGCUGUGAGGACCCGUCAGAACCACCUGGAAGAGGAGCUGCGGCAGCUGCGCGAGCUCAAGAUACGGCUGGAGGCUCUGAAGGCGCGUGGGGAGACGGAGCUGCCCUCCGCCGUGCUGGAGGACGAGCGAUUUCACAGGCUGCUCCAGCAGGCCGAGAAGCAGGCGGAGCAGUCAAAGGAGGAGCAGAAGCAGGGCUUGAAGGCAGAGAAGCUUCUGAGGAAGGCCUCCAAGGAUGUGUGUCGUCUGCGGGAGCAGAGCCAGAAGGUGCCCCUGCAGGUGCAGUCGUUCAGGGAGAAGAUGGCCUACUUCACAAGAGCUAAGAUACUCAUACCCUCACUACCUGCAGAUGAUGUAUGAACCUCUCUUUAUAGAAAAUAUCAAAGUAUUUUUUCCACCUUUAUAGCAGAGUAUUUUUUAAUAGUGUUGCCCCUUCAAUUAAAAAAAAAAAAAAGAUUCCAAUAG